AUGCCUACGAUCGCUAUCAAACCUGGUGCGACUGUAUUUGUGACAGGCGUCAACGGGCUCGUCGGAAGCCAUAUUGUCGAUCAGCUCCUGAAGCGAGAAUACAAUGUUCGCGGUGCGGUGAGAGAUGUCGAGAAACACAAAUACAUGACGGAGUACUUCAACGAUAAGUACAAGGAAGCGAAAUUUGAGUUGGUUGAGGUACCCGAUAUGACAGUCGAGGGAUGCUAUGAUGAUGUUGUUGAUGGUAUUGAAGGCUUCGUCCACGUCGCGUCACCGAUCGGAGGCAUUUCCGAAGUCAAUGAAGCGAUCUCGAUUACCGUGAGGGCAAGUCUAAACGGCCUCAAGGCUUGUGCGAAGGUACCCUCAUGCAAGGGCUUCGUUUUCACCUCGUCGUCCCUUGCCGCGACGUUUCCUCGUCCCAAUGUUGAAUUCUCGAUCGACGAGAGUACAUACAAUGAUGAAGCGUUGAAGAUUCUGGAGAAAGAGCCGGGUAAACCAGGGCUGUUUGUCUACGCCGCCAUGAAGACCGAGACUGAGAAGGCGAUGAUGAAAUGGAUGGAAGAGAAUCGGCCCAACUUCGUGUUCAACCGCGUGUUGCCGAACGCCAAUUUUGGCCCUGUCGUGAUCCCCGAGCAUCAAGGCUUUCCUUCAACCAUUGGUUGGGCCCGUGCUGCAUGGGAAGGCGAACAGCUCGACUUUUGGACCACUUCCGUUGGCCCGCAAUGGUAUGUUCAUCCCAUUGACUGCGCGCUGGUACACAUCUCCGCGCUGAUCCACAGCGAUGUUGAAAAUGAACGUCUCUUUGCUUUUGCAGAGCCGUGGAGCUACAACCAGAUGCUGGAUAUAUGGCGUAAGCUGUAUCCUAAAAGGAGGUUUCUCGAUAACAUCGAGGGCAUGGGUGUUGACCGAAUGAGUUUGCCCAAUGCCAGAGCUGAGGAAGUCAUGAGCUGGUUGAAGGAACCGGGGUCGAAAUGGGACAGCCUUGAAAAGGGUUUGCAGGAGAUGACUGAAAACUGGAUUUGA